CGGACAUACCUUUGCAACAUUAGGUAAACAUUAGCAGAAAACAUUAGCCACACGCGUUGACGAUUCCUCACAGCUCCGAGAGACCAACCUGAAUCUCGAGAAUGGUCGACAUUGCCGCUGUCGAUGAGACAUUCAAGCGUCUGCAAAGCCACAAGGGCGUACUAGGGAUCAUUGUCAUCAACGCGGAGGGAAUUGCUAUCCGCACGACCUUUGACAACGACCUGACCGUCCAGUACGCGGCCCUGGUCUCGCACUUCACCGUCAAGGCGCGCUCAGCUGUGCGGAAACUGGAUGGGGAUAACGACCUCAAGUUCCUGCGGAUACGCUCCAAGAAGCACGAAAUUAUGAUUGCGCCAGAGUUUGAGAGGUCGCAUGAAUACUAUCUGGUCGUGGUGCAAGACCCCUCACGAGAGGCGUGAGAUGGCAUAGGCGGGUGCGGAGGCGCUAGCGGCGAUUCAGCUUGCGUGGCAUGCGCCUGGCCACAAGGGGCCGCUUGAUAACGCGGCAUGUAUUCCAUUCUGUUAGUUAGGACUAUUGCCGGCCGGGGAGCGGGCGGCGUCGCGAAGGGGGGAGUUAUAGGUGCAAGGAGUUAGCUGCCUUGCACAAGGUGCGUGGGGAGAAGCCCCCAGGCUGGCCGUGGUUGGACCUUGGGGCCUGGGACUGCUGGACGUGUGAAGCAGCUGCAGGUUGCUGCAGCUGCACCGCUUAUGUACAUAACAGAUGCAGAUGAUGGAGAGGAGAAGGUGGCUUGCAGACAAAUGCAAGGACACAAAGCUUGUCUGUGGGCGUGGCAUGUCACACGGGGCUUCCGUCGCUCAGACCCCUGUAAACGUAACGGUGA